AUGGCGAUGCAGAAGGCUAAAGAUCUCGUUUCCAACAACGCCGUCGUUGUUUUCAGCAAGUCGUUUUGUCCAUACUGUGUGAGAGUGAAGGAUCUUUUGAAACAAUUGGGAGCUAAAUUCAUCGCCGUUGAGCUCGACAAAGAAAGUGAUGGUAGCAAAAUUCAAUCAGCUCUUGCAGAAUGGACAGGACAACGCACUGUUCCCAAUGUGUUCAUUGGAGGCAAACACAUCGGUGGCUGCGAUUCAACAACCAACUUGCAUAAAAACGGUAAAUUGGUUACUCUGUUAACUGAAGCUGGAGCUAUCGCUGCAAUCGCUGCAACCGCUGCAACUACAUCUGCUUAA